UCGCCGUCAAAAAUGCCGAUGUGGCUGCUGAAAUAUUAAACUUCUAGGUCGCCUGUGGGAUUUACAGCAAACUGUCGCAAUGAAUGUUUUCUUUCUGGCUUUGUUUUGUGUCUGCGGCUUUGUCGCAGCAGACGAAGACGAGAGGCUGCCGAAUAAAUGCGAAGUGUGUAAGUUUCUGACAGUGGAACUGCAGGAUGCUCUGGCGAAAACCGGCCGCUCCAAAGAAGUGCUGGAGGUUGGAGAAGUGCUGGAUACAGGCAAGAGAAGAAGAAAGAUCAAAUACAACACGUCGGAGACUCGGCUGACAGAGGCGUUGGACAACAUAUGUGAGCGCAUCCUGCAGUAUAACGUCCAUGCAGAGAGGCCUGGCAGCCUUCGAUAUGCCAAGGGAGCCAGUCAGACCAUGACAACUCUGAAGAACCUGGUCCACAAAGGAGUUAAAGUGGAUCUGGGCAUGCCGUUUGAACUGUGGGACGAGCCGUCUGUAGAGGUGUCGGACAUGAAGAAACAGUGUGAGACGAUGCUGGAGGAGUAUGAGGAGGUGGUGGAGGACUGGUACUUCCAUCAUCAGGAGCAGAGACUGGAGAACUUCCUCUGUGAGAGCCACAUCCUCAAGACAUCAGAGCUAGAAUGCCUUAAGGAGGUGUGGAAAGGAGACAUGGGGAAAAAAGGAGGGGCCGGCGAGGCGGGGAGCGACAGCGCUGAAGAAGAAGGAGCGAAUGACAACACAAAGAAAGAAGAGCAAAAGACGCAUGACGCUGGGGAGCUAUGAGGAAAACACUUUGGGAAAAAAAGAAAAAUGCAGAAGACAACACAAAACCUCAGUUUUAGAAUUUGGCUCGAAAAACUGCAAAUCAAUGGAUAUUGAGAAAUUGAAAUUAUGUAUUGAGACAUGUUUUUAACUGUGUUCUUGGACACAAGGUCCAGUGCAUAUAUUUACACUAUUUUAACUAUUACAGCUUUUGAAUGAAAAAUCUUAUUUUAACUUUAUUUCUGGUGCCAAAUCUUGUGAUAGUUUACAUUGAGAGUUACAUUGGUGUGAGAUUAUGCUUUGUACAAUUUAACACUAAAUUUCUCCUGUUAUUUUUAUAGAAAUGGUGUUAGCCUUUUAUAAACUGUUGCACCUUUUAAAACACUCAUCUAUUUGGAUUAAGGUUUGAAGCCUUUACCAUGAAUAGUCGAGACUCUUUCAGUGUUAUAUCAUGUGUGAACGCUGUUACAUCUCUUCUUAUGCCAACACUAUAUGGUACAUGACUUAUUUUUUACCCCAAACUGCCAUCUUUAAUUGCAAUAUGUACAGUUUUUCAUGUUGAA